AUUCAAAUGACAGGUGUAUGUUUUUUCGACAAAUCCCCCGAGACCUUGUAGUUCUCUCUUGUGUGAAAACGUCUAUUUUCCAGAUAAUCGUCUUAAAAUGUCACAUCAACAGUAUCAUGUUUCAAAUAUGACUUUUACCUGUUUUGGACAAUUUUUGUAAUUUUUACUUUUUUCUACAAAUAGGUCUAUAGUUAUUUUUUACGUGUAUUCAGGACUUGUUAAUUUUAGUUUGAAAUAACAUUAACUUUUUAAUUAUGAACGAAUUCAGAGCAACUGGUUCAGAUUUUGAACUUAACUCUGAACGUAUUACACAAAGUGCAUUUGAUUUCACGAUGAAACAUCACCAACAGCUUCCGGAUGAUGGCAAUGUUGAAUCCGAUGAUGAUUCUUAUUUUAUAACAGACUCCAAACGGAACGGUGGAGGAAGGGAUAGGAAUGCACAGUCAAAGAAUGAAGGAGACCAUCUAGAAAUAUUAUCUGAUAAUGAGAAAGACGCAGCCGACAGGGAUUCUUGUACCGAUGAUUCAGUGAGACGAUACAGAACAGCAUUCACACGGGAACAAAUUGGUCGCCUGGAAAAAGAAUUCUACAAAGAAAAUUAUGUGUCAAGACCCCGUCGAUGUGAAUUAGCCAAAUCUCUGAAUCUUCCCGAAAAUACAAUAAAGGUAUGGUUUCAAAACAGAAGAAUGAAAGACAAAAGACAAAGAAUGGCAAUGGCAUGGCCUUAUGGGAUUGCUGAUCCUCAUCUUUAUGCUUAUUUAGCAGCUGCAGCAGCCUCGUUUCCAUAUGGCAUACCCUCUGCAAAUUCUAGUCCAUUUAAUGUAUACUCACAAAUGGGCAUCCAAAGACCAACAAACAAUAUGUCACAACUACAGUUAAUGAAUCCUUUAAGACCACGAUCUGAAAUUUUGCAAGGGAUGGCAAACACGAUCUUGCAGCGUUCUCCGCAAAUAAAGUCUCCGCAUCAACUGCCGGGAGUGUCUCCUAUUGGAGGUAACAUGCAAUCUGUGUUGGAAAGUGCUGGAUUAAUUGGACACAAUAGUGGACCAACAUCUAUAGACAAUUAUAACUGCAACCCAGCUUUAGCUGGAUUAUCAAAUAUACCAACAUCGCUUCCGACAGCCCCUAAGGCACACACAAACACAACUUCGCAUGGACUAUUUCGUCCAUUUCAGACUGAUAUCGAAGGAACGUGACAUUUGUAUAUAUUAACAUCGAACUCAUAUAUGUUUAUUUUCUUGCCAAAACUUGCUGAAAAAGACACUUCAAACUGUGAUAGAGUGAUUUCCAUGACAAUUGUUUCACUAAUUAGAAAGUGCUGUAAAAUAUAGAUUGUAAACGUGAUAAUUUGUUGUAAGAGUGUCUUCUUCCCUUACAAAUAAAAUUAUCAUAUAGAUUUCCA